AUGGCCACCCCAUUACAUGGAAAUAUUGUUGAAAUACCCAAGGCUCAAAAAAUUGGAAACGAACUGGAGAUUUUAACAAAAUAUUUAGAACAAUUGAAUGUUCCAAAUGAUUUUAUGAGUCAAUAUGAGAAAUAUAAUUGGCCUAACUGGCCUAACUGCCCUAAAUCAAUAAUGUAUUCAAAUAAAAAGCAACAUUCAUCACAGAUAGAUUUAAAAAAUAUUAGUCUUUUUUUAUAUGAUGAAAAUUUUCCACUCAAGAAGUGCUACAAGGAUAUAUUGGAUGCUGCUCCAGAAAAAGAUAUUCUAAUGAAACCAAUUUUAGAACAGUGUACUAUUUUACGACCAGAUUUAUUUGCGAUUUCGAAAAAAGAACUUUUGAAAAAUUGGCUUGGCGGACCAGUGCAAAAACCUUGGCCGUAGUUUGGAGACCCCUGUGUAUUCGCUUAGUAUGUGACCUACCAAGAGGAUUAUUUAUAUUAUGUAUGGGCAAUGUAUGGGUACCAAUC